GCCCCUCUAUGAGUGAGUGUGUCUAUGGUUGUGGGAGAGGCAGAGCAGCAGUGCAUGCUGGGUAGACUCAGCUGUGAUGUAAACAGUUAGGUACAGGGUAAGUUGUUUUCCUUUUCACUAGCUGCCAUUUUGCUGAUAGACCGCUCCAAUCGUGAUGUCCACCAGUCAGCAAGUUUCAGAUAACGAUGCCUGGGCAUUGUUGGCGCUGAAAAGUGCGCCAUCCAGUCCGUCAAAAGUAAAUUGGAACCCAGAGCCGGAAGGACCAGUUUUGGCCCGGCUUGAAGGCCGUGACUUUGAGUAUACGAUGCGGCAAACACGGAUCGUCAUCGGUCGGAACAGCAGCAAAGGCGAGGUGAACAUCAACGUUGGUCACUCCAGCUUUAUAUCGAGGAAACAUCUCGAGCUUUGUUAUGAACCACCGAACUUUUUUAUGAAGUGUUCAGGCAAGAACGGAGUCUUUGUUGACGGCAUAUUCCAGCGGAAAGGCCUCUCGCCUUUACAACUACCCAAAACCUGUGUCCUAAGAUUUCCUAGUACCAACAUAAAAAUAGUUUUCCAGUCUUUAUUAAAUGAUGAAGAAAGUUCUCCUCCUAGUCCUAUGAAAAAGAGGAAUCUACCUCUGAACAUUCCCGAUGUAACUGAUGGUGUAUUUAACAGUCCGUGUCCUUCACCCACAGGAACUAUCAGUGCGGCAAAUUCUUGUCCAAACAGCCCUCGGGGUGGUUCAAGUCAUCGCCUUCUGCCAGAUAUUACUGAAGCAGUUUAUGAUGUACAUACAAAAGAUGAGAAAGAUGGCCCACAACUCUCUGGAGAAAGCCCUAAGGACGAAUCAAAACCACCAUAUUCAUAUGCCCAACUCAUUGUUCAAGCUAUAUCUUCUGCUCCAGACAAACAACUUACAUUGAGUGGGAUUUAUGCAUAUAUCACAAAGAACUAUCCAUAUUAUCGAACAGCUGACAAAGGAUGGCAGAAUUCCAUUCGUCACAAUCUUUCUUUGAAUCGGUAUUUUGUUAAAGUUCCACGGUCUCAGGAAGAACCAGGUAAAGGUUCUUUCUGGCGAAUCGACCAAGCAUCAGAAAGUAAACUUACUGCUCAGGCAUUUAGACGAAGAAGGCAAAGAGGAGUGCCUUGCUUUAGAACUCCUUAUGGUGGCCUGUCUACAAGAUCUGCACCAACAUCGCCAAGCCAUGUAAGUGGGGCAUUUACUCCUGACAGCCUUUCUCGGGAUAGUAGUCCAAUCCCAGAAUCAGUCCCCGAAACGGAGGUUAUAACAACACCAAAUAGUAAUCAACAGCAAGUUAAUAGUCGCAUCACUUCAGAAUUACGUGUUAGCCAAUCAGCUCCAGGUUCACCAUCAGCUUUUCUGAUGACACAUGGUUGUAAUACAAGGCAACUUGUUUGUAUUCCAACAGCAUCACAUAUCAUAACAGGACCAUCAAUGACAACAGCAGCUGUAGCUACAUCUUUGUCAGCUAAUGCCCCUUCAGUUCAUCAACUGCCUACAGUUAUCAAGCCUAAAGUGCUAGUGUCUGAACCUGCUAGAGUUAUUGUAAAUGGACCCAGCUCCUCAGGACAUACAGUAGUAUUAACAAACGGCGCUGAUUUUGAAUUGAAAAAAGAAACGGUGAUUACUCAAGAUGGUACUCUGAAUGCAAGCAACGCAACAGGAUCUACAAUAGCAAGUGCUGCAAACCAAGUGUCAAUGGUGAAAAGUAUGAACAAAACACCAUACACCGCAGUCGCUGUUAAUGUAAUUGCACCACCUGCAACAGCUCAGCAAAUCCAGACUGCAAAUAGUGUUGUAGUGAACACAGCGCUACCAUCGGCUACACACUCUUUAUUGUCGCAAGGAAGAAGUCAAUCUGUAGUCUCAGAUUCUGCUGCAGCAGCAGCAGCUGUUCUUCAAAUGGCAGCCAUGGGAGGUGGAGACGUUGGGACAACUUCUUUCUCCUCGAUAGUGAUGCCAAACAGUAGUGCUGGUUCUGUGCAUAAGCAAGAUGGAGAAGAUAGCCACUUGGACGAUUUGCAUAAUUCUAAGAAAAUGAAGUUGGACACAGCAUCGGCUGCUGAAAAAUGCUAAUUAAAAAAAGAAAAAGCAAAAAAAGAAAAAGCAAAAAUAAAAAAAAAUUGAAAACAAAAUGAAAUAAAGGCAUAAAACAAAAUGUUAGGAAUCCCCCCGCCCCUCCAAAAACAAAGAAACAAUACACACACACACACUUGAGUUUCAUUAGCUGAUGUUUACAUACAACACCUAACAGAUCUACAGUGUUUAUCUGUAGGUGGACCUAAAUGGACAAUGGUGUUUAUAUAUGCUACAAUUGCUGGUUUCUAUCCAUUGCUCACCUGUGCCCCCCUCUCCCCCCACUCUUUCAGUUUAUACUUUGCAUGCAUAUGCACAUACAUACAUGCAAUAUAUAUGUAUAUAUACAUAUAUAUAUAUAUGUGUAUAUAUAUAUAUAUAUAUAUAUAUAUCAUAAACAAAUAGUUUAACUGGACUGUUUGAAGAAUCAAAGACGAAUAUUAAAAUAUUGAUAAUAUGCAAAAAGUGAAGUACGAUAUUAUUCUUUAUUUAACUUGAAGAAAAAUUAAAAAAAAAAAAAUGACAAUGUAUUUGACAAGACCCUCUCUCUCUUCUCUUACUGAAAAUGUAGUCUAUGUUCUUUCCUUCUCUCUCUCUCUCUCUCUGUUUCGCUCUUUCUCUCUCUUUGUAAACUUGAGUCCUGUUUAUUUUAAAGUAACUUGAUCAAGUCUGGAAAACAAAAAGAAAAAAAAAAAAAGAGGAACAUUUAAGACUGGUUAUAAACAAAGCAUUACUCUGAAGCUGUUGAUUAGAAAUGAU